AUGAGCCCCAUGCUAUACUACACGCUGCCUGCCCUGGGCGGCUACAUCCUGCUCUCCAUCUUCUUCCUGCGCCGGCCUCGCCUGCUGCACCCAGCCUGCGCCCCAGCUUUCUGUGUCCGCCUGGCAGCCCACCGAGGAGGGUCUGGAGAACGCCUGGAGAGUACCUUAGAGGCCAUGGAGAACUCCUUGGCACAGCGAGCUGACCUCCUGGAGCUCGAUUGCCAGCUGACACGGGAUGGCGUGGUGGUGGUAUCCCACGACCAGAACCUGUCCCGCCAGUCGGGCCUGAACAGGGAUGUGGGCAGCCUGGACUUUGAGGACCUGCCCCUCUACAAAGAGGAGCUGGAGGUUUACUUCUCUCCAGGCCGCUUUGCUCACGGGGCUGACCGGCGCAUGGUGCGGCUGGAGGACGUGUUCCAGAGAUUCCCACAGACUCCCAUGAGCGUGGAGGUCAAAGCCGAGAACAAGGAGCUGGUUCAAAAGAUAGCAGGCCUGGUGCAGCGCUUUGGGCGUAGUGACAUCACCAUCUGGGCCUCGGAGAAGAGCUCGGUCAUGAAGAUGUGCAAGGCUGCCAACCCGGAGAUGCCGCGGGCCUUCACCGUGAGUAGGGGGCUCAGGCUGCUGCUGCUCUACUACCUGGGGCUGCUGCCUUUUGUCCCCAUUCCCGAGCGCUUCUUCAUGUGCUUCCUGCCCACCAUCAUCAACAGGACCUACUUCCCAUUUUCCUGCUCUGGACUGAACCAGCUAGUGGCUGUGGUUUUGAAAUGGGCCAUCAUGAGGAAAAGCCUGAUCCAACACCUGAAGGAGCGGGGCAUUCAGGUGCUGUUUUGGUGCCUUAACGAAGAGUCGGAUUUCGACACUGCUUUCAACCUGGGAGCCACAGGCGUUAUAACCGAUUACCCCACAGCGCUGAGGCGCUACCUGGACAACCACGGACCCACUGCUCCUGCCUCUUGAACCCUGAGGGUCUCCCUGGCGCGCUCCACUCUCUCCCUUAUCUCUGCUUGGAAAAUAAAUAACUUCUUUCAAGGC